GAUCAUUGAAAUUAAGACAAUGCUGCACAAUUCCUUCUGUUGUGUUCCCAGAAUCAAUCAAUCGUUAUGCCACCCAGGAGUUCCCACCAACCUCGUGCCGGGACUUACAUCCCCUACAUGGCCUUCAUCAUCUUUUCAGCCAUCUUUGUCUUCAGGUUGGACGUCUUUGUUACCCAAACAAUCUCUACGGCUCGACGUAACCAAGAACUCAAAUAUGAAAUCACAACGCAGGAGCCCAGUCCACCUACCGUUAUCAAGAACGAAAACGCCACUUUCUACAAGCAUGUCCUCGUCACGUGGGGUGAAUUCCACACUGAGAUACUCAACGACGGGGAGCUCCUCAAGCUUACGCUCGACAAACAUUCUGGCUCCGGCUUCCAGUCCAGGAAACAAUUACUCUUCGGAAAGAUUGACAUGCAGAUCAAGCUUAUCCCUGGAGACUCUGCAGGCACUGUCACAACAUAUUAUUUUUCAUCACUAGGCGACCACCAUGAUGAGAUAGACUUUGAGUUCCUGGGAAAUUCCACUGGUAAUCCUUACACCCUUCACACAAACGUGUUCAGCCAGGGCAAGGGUGACAGAGAACAACAGUUCUUCCUAUGCUUCUACGUGGACAACAUACCAAUACGGGAGUUCAAGAACCUGGAAAGAAUAGGGGUGCCGUACCCCAAAGACCAGGCCAUGAGAGUACACUCAAGUCUGUGGAACGCUGAUGACUGGGCCACGCAGCACGGUCUGGUCAAGACCAACUGGACCUUAGCCCCAUUCAAUGCUUGGUACAGAAAUUUCUCCAUGGAUGGCUGCAUUUGGUCUCCAGAAACAAGAGCCUCUGCUUGUGCUGACGCUGAUUUCUCGACCAGACAUGUACUGAAAAUGGAGCUGGACAGGAGGAGCCGAGCGAGGAUGAAGAGGCUGCAGAAGAAACACAUGGUGUAUGAUUAUUGCAAGGAUAAGUGGAGGUUCCCUAAGGGCCCUGGCCGUGAAUGCAGGAUGAACUAG